AUGAAGGCAGCUAGCAUUGACUAUGCACACAUAAAGCAGUCCCCAUUAGUGAUGAAAGCAGACUUUAAAGGAGAAGUUAAACAUGAACUUGAAGACGAACAUUCAAUUGCACUUGCUGGCAUAGAGUUUGAUCCUGAUCAGGAUUCAAUAGCAUACAUAGGAACGCAGAUUGAGAAAGUAGAAGGAGCAUCUCAGAUGACUUUGCCAGGUGAUGUUGAAGCGCCGCUAGCAAAGGGGUCAGAUAGCCGACCCUCAGCUGAACACUCAAAAACCCGCUCAAAUGAAAUUAAAAGUGCCUCAGCUGAAACAUUGAAAAGAACCUCAGCUGAAAGAUUGAAAAGAGGUUCAAAAGAAAAAGUACAUUUGAAGUCUCAACAGCAUGGCAAGGGACGGACGAAAUCAACCGAAUCUAAGUCAAAAACGCUCUAA